AUAUACUUCAGUUCCUAAAAAAAAACAAUAAAGGCCGAUAUUAUCAAAUCUUGUCAUUUUAUAAAAGAAAAAGAAAAGAAAAGAAUCAUUUUGUGACGCUUUAUUGCAGUUUCUAAACGGUGCUUUAGUUGAGCCUUUUUCUUUCUUACUGAAACUUUGCACGUUCUUUAACCUUUCAUGUGCGUUGUUUCGCUCUCCUUUCUUCCCUUCUUCCUGGUUUUGUAUUUUCCAGAAGAACAACACAAAUUUAGGGAGGAGAAAACACAAAGCCCCAUACAAAAGUUAAUACUGUUAAAAUUCGGAAAAAUGAGAAUUUUUCUGGGGUUUUCUGGGUUUUUAUAAUCUUGAAUUUGAUCUCGAUUUUGAUUGAGAUCUCACCUUUUCAGGCGUAAAAGAGAAGUGGGUUGAGCUUAAAAAAUUGAGGAAAAAGUAAGUUGAGAAUGAAAUUAGAGCAGCAGCAACAACAAAACUGGGUUUUCUCAACGGCAUUCGUCUUCUUCUUCGCUGCUUUCUUGCUAUUUGGUUCGAUUGCAUCCCUUUACUCGUGGGUUGUGUUCACCCCUUUUGUCCGAACUCCUUAUGUGGGACCAACUCGUGGGUGCCAAGACGACAAUGAGGGUUCUUGGUCCAUUGGUGUUUUCUAUGGCUCCUCCCCUUUCUCUCUCUCUCCUAUUGAGGAUAGAAAUGUGUGGAAGAAUGAGAGUGCAGCUUGGCCAGUGACGAAUCCAGUGAUCACUUGUGCAUCAGCUUCUGAAGCUGGAUAUCCUAGUAACUUUGUUGCCGAUCCUUUUCUUUAUAUUCAAGAUGAUGUGCUCUACCUGUUUUAUGAAACAAAAAAUUCAGUAACUAUGCAAGGAGACAUUGGUGUCUCAAUGAGCACUGAUAAGGGAGUGACAUGGAAACAGUUGGGUACAGCUUUGGAUGAGAAUUGGCAUCUUUCUUAUCCAUAUGUAUUCAACUACAAUCAUCAAAUAUACAUGCUACCCGAGAGUAGCGAGAAAGGAGAACUCCGACUCUACGAAGCUGUUAGCUUCCCACUGCAAUGGAAACUGAAGAAAGUCCUUAUAAAGAAACCACUUGUUGAUUCCUUUCUUGUCAAGCAUGGUACCAUGUACUGGAUUUUUGGUUCAGAUCAUAGUAGCUUUGGUGCUAUAAGAAAUGGGCGACUUGAAAUAUGGUAUAGUGAUUCACCUCUCGGGCCAUGGAAACCCCACAAGAAAAACCCCAUUUAUAACAAGGAAAAGAGCUCUGGAGCUCGAAAUGGGGGUAGACCUUUUUUAUAUGAUGGACACCUCUAUCGUGUUGGUCAAGACUGUGGAGCAACAUAUGGGAAACGUAUUCGUACUUUUAAAGUGGAAAUACUUACAAAGCAUGAGUACAAAGAGGUUGAAGUGCCUUCAGGCUUUAAGAAAUCAUAUAAGGGCCGCAAUGCCUGGAAUGGUGUUCGUCACCAUCACCUUGAUGUGCAGCAGCUUGGUUCUGGGGAGUGGAUUGCAGUUAUGGAUGGUGACCGUGUGCCUUCAGGUGACUCAGCUGAUCGAUUUAUUCUGGGUUGUUCUUCUGUUUUGGCUGUUGCUGCACUUGUUUUGCUGUUGGGUGUGCUUAUAGGGGCAGUGAAGUGCUUCAUCCCUCUCAACUGGUGCCCACAUAAUUUGAGAAAGAGAAGUGAUUCUCUGUUAGCCUGGGAAAGACCGAACACUUUGUCUUCCAAAUUGAGGCAGUUCUCUUUUCGCUUGCAUAGAUUACAUACAUUUCUACGAGUCUGGAUAAGACCCAACACCUUCACUGGAAAACUGGUUCUCUUCUUAAUUUUUAUCUCAGCAGUGGUAUUGAUUUGCAAUGGGGUUGCAUACAUCUAUGGUGGGAAUGGUGCAGAGGAGCCUUACCUGUUGAAUGGUCAAUAUUCACAGUUUACUAUGUUAACAAUGACAUAUGAUGCCCGGCUCUGGAACUUGAAGAUGUACAUUAAACACUACUCAAGGUGCUCCUCAGUAAGGGAAAUUGUUGUCGUUUGGAACAAAGGUAAAGCUCCUGAAGUAAGUGAAUUUGAUUCUGCUGUACCUGUCAGGAUUAGGGUAGAAAAACUAAACUCACUCAGUAAUCGGUUUAAGAUUGAUCCCUUGAUCACAACCCGUGCUGUUCUUGAGCUUGAUGAUGACAUAAUGAUGACUUGCAAUGAUGUAGAGCGUGGGUUUAAAGUAUGGAGAGAGCACCCAGAUCGGAUUGUGGGAUUCUACCCAAGGCUUGUUGAUGGGAUCCCUCUUAAAUAUCGGGCUGAGAAGUAUGCAAGAAAGCAGAAAGGAUAUAACAUGAUUCUAACAGGGGCAGCUUUCAUGGAUGCCAAGCUUGCUUUUGGUAGGUAUUGGAGUGACGAAGCUACGGCAGGCAGGACAGUGGUUAACAAGCUUUUUAACUGUGAAGAUGUUUUGCUGAAUUACUUGUAUGCUAAUGCAAGCUCAUCAGCAACUGUUGAGUACGUCAAGCCUGCUUGGGCAAUUGAUACUUCCAAGUUCUCUGGUGCAGCCAUUAGUCGAAAUACUGAUGUGCAUUACCAGAAGAGAAGUGAGUGCCUCUCACAGUUCUCAGAAAUGUAUGGUAGUUUAGUAAACAGAAAGUCCAAUUUUAACCAGCGACUGGAUGGUUGGGAUGUAUAGUCUGGAAUAAUAUGCUUUGGGUAUAACUUCUCUCCAUCUCUUCUGCUAAUGGGAAAGGUGGAGGGGUAAAGAGGAAAAAAUGAACAGAAUUGUUUUUUUAAAAAAAAAAAAUUGCCCCACUGUGAAUUUUCUGAGGGCUUUUUGAUAGAUUUGGAACUUAGCAGGUAAAUGUACAUGAAUUUUCAUUGGUUUGAUAUCGUCCGCUUCUUCAAA